ACCAGUAUGCUUGGUGUAACAGUGAUGUUACUACGGUUACAAUCUUUUUGGCCAUGCAAAUGGAUGCAUGCCUGGGGAUGAUAGAAGGUGGUGUGCUUUGGACGGAGUGCAAUGGAUGCAUGCCUGGGGAUGAUAGAUGGUGGUGUGCUUUGGACGGAGUGCAUUUUGACCUCAAGUGUUAAUUCAGGGGCUCUACCUACUGCAAAGAGGAAUUGGCACUGCCAAUAACUUUAUUACCAGCCAUUCUGUCGUUUCUUUGAUGAUUCUCUUUCAUGUGGCCUUGAGGUGUUGUGUCUAUGCUUUUACUGGUUAGUAAUGUACCCCCGUUGUUUACAUAGCGUGUACGUAAUCAGUUAAAGUGGUUCGGUCACUGAGCUUUUCUAUUCCAUGCUUACACUCACAAUGAAUACUGAUGCUUUGAUAACUUUUUUGUGUAACUGUCACCACGAGGAUAUAAAUAAAAAGGGACCUGAAGAUUUGAACAUUUCAAUACCAUGUUAUUUGGAAAGUGUUGUAGUAAAAUGUCUGGAAAUGUGUAUUUCUUUUGUGAAUAGUACAGUGUCAACUAUGCCAACAGAGUUAGAGUAUAUAUAUAUAUAUUUCCCCUGAGCUGUAUUUAGGUUUCAUUUAAAACAUGUACACAGAUUACUUAAUUCAAAACACAAUGUGCAUGUCAUGCAUGUAUAAGGCAGUUGGUGCCAUUGCAGCUAGAAUGAUUGAAUGAGUUUAGAAUGAGUUUACUCAUCCUUGACUUGGGGAACCCACAUGAGAAGCCGUACUAAGAGGCCCUGGGCAAGGUCACCUGCCAAGCCUCAUUACACCUGGAUUGGCCCGGAGUCUUCAGCUUUGCCGUGGUCUUCUGUAACGAGCCACAGCACCUGCGCAGGUCAGCUGGUGCACAGCACACCCAGCCCACAGUCUCACCUUUAUCCCAGGAGGACAAUGUCACAGCGGGGCAUUUGUCACUGCAGGAGCGUAACGUUCCCCUCCGACUCGGUCCUGCUCGUUCCCAAGUGCUUGCUGAAGCCAUGCUGUGAAGGACGGGUCUGUGUUGGUCUAGUGGUGCCUGGACGUGUCUGAUGGCUGAGAACAAGCCGUACCGCUAUGGGCUGAUUGUGCUGGGGCUGCUGCUGGUGUCCGUGGGCCUGUUUGUGAUGAGCGUGGAGGAGCCCCAGGUCUUCGCCACCUUCUGUGUGAUGGGAGGGCUGACCACAGCCAUAGGCACCAUCUGGAGCAUGUGCCAGUGCUACCCAAAGGUGACCUUCUUUAUGCCAAACCAGGAAGAGGAGUGGGCAAGUGAGAGUGAGGGAGCGUAUACUAUUCCAAUAAUCAUCAGUUCCUGUGAAACACCCACUGGACCACUGAAGGCUCCUCUGGCCCAUCUCAGCGAUGAAGAAGAGGAGGAGGGAGAGGAAGGUACAUCUGUCAUGGGAGACUCUGCUGUGAAAGCCAUGGCACCAACCACAGCCACCGUUCACACUGCUCCAACUCCUCUCCCUCGCUCCAGCACUCCUCUGUCUCACAGGAAGUGUCAGGGGCUGGAGUCUGACGCUGAAAUGUAUUAUGGGCAAGUGGAGGACUCCUGCUAUUUCACUUCCGAACUGGACAGUGACUGACUGGUGUCAGUGCUUUAAAGAUAAGCUGUUAGCUAAAACUAGCCCAGAGUGAUCCCAGGACACUUGGUUAUUAUGAUUAUUAUGUUAUUAUGUUAUUAUGAUUGCCAUGACGACCAGAAUGUAAUGCAUUGAGUGAGGUUCAAAAGGAUGACCGAAAUGUUAAUUGAUGUGGGCAUCAGUUACGGCAGGUGCAAAUAUUGGUCUCUCCCCUGGUUAUAACCUUCACAUUUCUUCUUAUGAAAUAAUACACAAGGUUGCAUGUGCA